UCUAGAUAUGAAGCGUCCAAAAAGCCCGAACUGGCCGGACAGCAGCCCCCCUCCCAAGGCUCAGCAAGGAAAGAGGAAAGAGGAGGAGGAAGAAGAGGAGGAGGAAGAUGAAGAGGAGAGGAAGGUGGUGGCAGGGCACAAGGCCAAACGUGAGCGACGUCAAAGCAGCAGCGUCAGCAGUGCCACAAUGUGUCAGGUGUGCAACAUCCAGCUGAAUUCUAGCGCUCAAGCCCAGAUCCACUACAGAGGGAAGACCCACCAGAGGAGGCUGCGACGGCUGGCCAAGGCAGUCAGCUCAGGUGCCCUCUCCCAGAACCAGGUCCACCCUCUCCUGGGCUCACUGCCUCUGCCGGGUCGACCCCUCCAGCCGCAGACUCGCGCCCAGCUAGAGCAUUUCCUACCGCUCAGGGUGAACAGCUCCUCGCCGCUCAGCAUCUUCCCAAAUUUCAACAUGAUGGACCCAGUUCAGAAGGCAGUGAUCAACCACACCUUUGGCAUGGCUCCACCCAAAAAGAAACCGAUCAUCUCCUGUAACAUCUGCCACCUGCGCUUCAACUCCACUAACCAAGCAGAGGCCCACUACAAAGGUCACAAACACACUCGCAAGCUGAAGGCCCUGGAGACGCAAAGGAACAGAAAGAAGAACGGAUACAGUCCAAGUGAAACAGGAAAAGACAGAGAGCGGGGGGCGAUACCCACAGAAUCUAAUUUGAUAGACAAAACAGGCCCAGUUAAUACCCAACUUGCACAGCAGCAACCAGAAAAUGCCAAGGAGAGCCCAACAGCAUCCAUACCUUCCUCACAGCCGUCAUCCGCAGACCCCUCCUUGCCUCACUCUCCUCCACCAUCCCCGCCAGUCUCCUCUAGUCCUCAAUCUCCUGAUACACCUUCAGACACUGCUCCCAUGGAGGGCUGCAGCCCAGCCACCAUUUCAGCAUCUCCCUCAGACCCUCUGGGUGGCUCCACAGGAGGUGAGGAGGACGAGGUUGAAGAGGUUAAGCUGGAAGAGGUUAAGCUGGAAGAGGUUAAGCUGGAAGAGGUUAAGGCGGAAGAGGAAAUGGAGGCCAAGAGCAACAAAAGACAACAUCUCCACUGUCCCACAUGCAAAGUGACGGUCAAUUCCAGCUCCCAGUUGGAGGCUCACUGUAGUGGCUCUAAACACAAACAGAUGCUUGAUGGUCAUAACAGCAGCCAGUCACAUCGCAGGGUUAGGAUGACGUCAUCGCCCAGGCCCAACUGUCGAAUAAAGCAGCGAAUGGGCACAAAGACCAGAGCGGUUAUGAGUGUAUCCAGCCAGCCUUUCCACUGUGAAAUGUGCCAGGUGUCUGUCAACUCAGAGACACAGCUGAAGCAGCACAUGAGCAGCAGGAGACACAAAGAGCGUUUGGCUGGGAAGCCUGUCAAGGUGAAGUUCCCCCCCUAUAACAAACUACAGCCAAGUGCUAUCUUAGCGACUAAAUUGGCCCUGCAGAAGCAGCUAUCCAAGGCCCUGCCGGCAGGGUUCCUGACCAGCCCUUUCAAUCCAGCUGCAUUGUGCACCAUGGCAUCGGGACCAUUUGCACUACGACUUCCGCCUGGUCCAACAACCAUCAUCCAGGGUCCCCUGAUCAGUCCCACUCUCUUCAGGCCUGCCCCAGGACCUCUUAGGGCAACACAUGCACCUAUUAUCUUCUCUCCUUACUAGCAAUGAGCAAAACUAGGACUUACAGCAGAGUGUAUCUUGGCCAAUGAAGACAAAGCAUCCUGAGGGAUGCCAGGACCCACGAAGCGAUUGUGAGGGCAUGUCAACUUUGGCAGAUUCAAGUCAUAAGAACUGUAUGCACAAAUCCAUGCGUUUUGAUGGAGUUUUCAGCACUAACUGACCGGUGCACUCAUCCUUAAAAUGGAAGGACCAUGGAAGGACCAUAGGCUGGUUCCCCCGACAACAAACUGUUGAGUGCAUGUUCCUGGGGGUCUGGACUCCUCUGGAAGCCAUAAUGACAAACAUCUCUAAGAUUUAUUUAUUACACAAUAACAGACUAAUACACUAGGGUAUUUAAAUGGUAGUAAGUGUUUGUUCCAUACAGUCUUUCACUUUGAGAGCUUUUUUAGUUGUUUUCUGGGAGAACAACUAAAAAUCUUCAUGUCUGCUUAAGUGUCCAUCACCAAAUCUAAAUCAAGAAAAUAAAGAUUUAUCAAAUCUCUCAUUAAAUCAUCAUCUUUUGAAAAGACAAAGGGAUCUUUAAUUUUAGAUUACUGAUGGUAUUUAAAAUGAACAUAUUGAGUCCUUGUCUGGUUUUGAAGCCAUUAUUUAUUUAUGAUAAAUACAUACAAUCCUUAUAUUUCUGUGACUGUCUCUCCGUGUUAAAAGGUGACAAUCAAACUACAACCACUGAGAAUACUUUCUACAUGUGAACAAACUACAUCAUGCAUAUGCAUGCAUAUUAAUAGAGAACUUUAUUUUCAUCAUAAGGCCUGAAACUCCUAUUUCAUUGACAUGAUAAAUUAUAUAAAGGUUAUCAGGCAAUGGUAAAAAAAACAAGUUAUAAUUUUGAAAUGUUGUUCAUUAUAUUGAGAGACCCUAUUGUGUGAUGUUCCAAAAUGUAUAUCAAAAAAUUGUUGUUUAUUUAACAUAAUAUGUUUUUAUAGAGUUGUACGAAAAACUAUUAUUUCACCUCCCCUAGCACCUGAUUGUUCUAAAUCAUCUCAAGCAAUAUGUAUUUUUUAAGUAUGAACUGGUAAAAUAAACAACUAUUCUAACUGUGCAUCGAUUGCAAUAAUGUAAUAUUUUAUGUGCUAAAAAUGUAAUUACUGUAUUCUAUAUGAACUUAUAAAAAGUACUGUUUUUUUUACA